AUGGGAACAAGAGAUACUCAGAAUUCUAGUGCUGUAAAGCCGAUCGAGCAAGUUCGGGCUUCAUUAUCUGGAAAAGACGAUACAUUUGGAGAGCAUAGUAAUCAGAAAAAGGAAAUGAAGAAGAAGAAAAAUAAGUGGGGUGAAGUUGCUGAGGCUUACAAUGAAGGUUUGGAAAAAAGGGAACUACAUGUGGACCAUGGUGAGGAUGACAGUGGAGGUGCAAUGAUGAAUCUUGAAAAGAAAAGCAAGAACAAGAACUGGGAGUUGAAUAGGACUGAAAUGAACAAUGCUAAAGAUGUUCAGGAGAGUGAGGUUGAGCGAAAGCUGGAUGGAGAAAGUAAUUCCGAACAGAAGAGUACUGAAGAUAAUAACAAGGAGAGGAAGAAGAAGAAAUCAAAAAGAAAACAUGAUGAAGUAGAUUUUGAGGUGGAGGGAGAGAAACAUAUAAAAGAGUCUGGGCAACAUAGUCAGAAUUUGGAAGGUGAUGAUGCAGGGAAGGCCGAAAGGAAGAAAAUGAAAAAGGAAAAAGAGGACAUGAAAGAUGACAACUGGUCACGUGACACUUCUGGUGAAGCUAUGAAUGACGAGGGUGAUUUUCCUUGUGUGCAACAAGAAUGCGUGCCAGAUAAUGUUGAAGGAAAAAUUGAGUCGAAUGAACAUGAUGAUGGCUAUGCUGCAGAAGAACUUGAGAGAAAGAAGGAAAGAAAGAAGAAAAAGAAAGAACAUUUGAAGGACUAUUCACCUGCUGCUCAGCAAAAUAAUGCAGAAACUGACAGAAAUGGUCAUAUGCGUACGAAUGAGAUGCAAAUCAAUUCAAAUCCAACCAAAGGGACUGUGGAGAGAGAUAAUCUAGUUAGAGGUAGGCGGUUCACGCCUGAAGAGUACGAGAUCGUCAAAGCUGCUGUUAACGACUACAUACUGAGUCACAACUUAGGUGACGAAGGCCUGGACGUGGUCCUCGACUGUAAAAAGCACCGCAAGGUGAGGGGCUGUUGGAAAGAAAUCGGGUCUUCCAUGCCACACAGACCUACCUCUGCCGUCUACACGCGUGCCCAUGUUCUAUUCCGCAGGUCUGAGAAUCGCAAAUGGAGUGAGGAAGAGUACGAGGAGGUCCUUAAGUUCUGUGAGGAGCACGACAGGCAAUGGAGGAAGCUGGGGGAUAAGCUCGGCAAGCACAUGAAACAUGUGAGGGACACCUGGCUGUGGUUAAGAUUGGCGAAGUCUCGGGAAGAGAAGAAGUCCAUGCACGGGAUGCUGCGUGACAAUAUCUGCUGGACGACAAUUAGUGAUGAGCUGUCAACCCGUUCUGCGCCCCGUUGCUGUUUCAAGUGGUAUAACCAGCUGACCUCGUCCAUGGUGGCCCAGGGCAUGUGGGCUGACUCAGACGACUACCGCCUGAUUGGCAGGCUUUAUAGGCUGGAUGCGAGCUGCGUGGAGGAUGUGGAGUGGGAUGGUGUUGUGGAGGGAAGAGAUGGGGAUAUGUGCCGAAAGCGUUGGAAUCAGAUGGCUUUGCAAUUGGGGCGGAAUGGGCAUAAGCCGUUUGCUGAGCAGGUAGAGGUCUUGGCGCAGAGGUACUGCCCGUAUCUGCUGGAAGCGAGAGAGGCUUGGGACGCCAAACCAAGACUUCCAUGA